AUUGUGCUAAAGCAAUAAAAUUAAAUCCCAAAAAUAUUAAAGCAUAUUAUCGAUCCGCCAAAGCUUUAUAUGAACUUGAUAAAAUUAAUGAAGCAAUUGAUUGUUGUGAUCAUGGAAUAAAAUUACGUAACAUAAAAAUGGAAAUAACCAACAAUAUUGAUAAUAAUAAUUCAUCAGUACAUCUUAAUUCGGAAAAUCAAUUAAUUUGGCCAGUCAUAUUUUUAUAUCCGGAAUAUAAACAAUCAGAUUUUAUUACUGAAUUUAAUGAAGAAAACACUUUUCAAGAUCAUUUGGAAAUUAUGUUUGGAGAAGAAAAUUCUGCUCCUUGGGAUAUUUCAAAAAAAUAUAUAAACAUUGAUAAACUUGAAAUUUAUUAUGAAUACAAUUUAACUGAAAAAGGAGGAACACCAAGAUUAUUGAAAAUUAAAAAGAAUUGUAAUUUAAGAAAAGUUUUAUCACAUCCCAAAUAUCUUGUUAAAAAUGGAAUUCCUAGUUUUUUUAUUCUAUCUGAUCUUAGUGGUGAAUUUAAGAAUAAAUUUUUAGCAAAUUAUAAAUAA